UAAUGAUAAAACUGGAUUUUAUUAAAAAUAUAAAGAAAUAUACAUACAUAUAUGUACGUUUUUGGACUAAGACAAAUCACAGAAUUCCCUCGAUUGUAUGGAAUAACUUUCUUUAUGAGCUCGUUUUUAAAACACAAAUUUCUCUGCAUAUGUAUAUUACAUUGUACCGAUGGCUUACCAAUAUUUACUGGACAUGUUAGUACAUAAGGUACAUUGUUAAUAUUGUAGUUUCAAAACGAUCAGAGAGAGUGGCUUUGGUUUUCGCCAUCUCUCCGAAAGCCCUCCAGAUAAAAGCUUUGCCAGCUUUUGGCUGAGAAAUUGGCAACUAUAAGCCUAGCUCAAUUCAGUAACGCAAUUCCCAAGCCCGAGGUUAGAAGUCGAGCUACCUGGAGAAACUCGCAACUAGCAAAAAUGCUAUCAAGAUCCGUGCUGAUCGUAGUAAGCCUACUGAUGCUGAGCUGGCAGUGGACGAUGGCCAUGCCGCCCCUUCCGCAGAACCAAGCCAGCGGAGUGUCCAUCAGUCGGCCGGACAUACCGGGAGAAUCGGAUAUAUUGGUGCAGAGCAUCUUCAACAUCGAUCCAUCACAGUGCCCCAAGGGAUACACUCGCACGGGUCCACAUCACACGUGUCGUAGGAUCGCCUAGGAAGACAAACCCUAAAGAUGUGCUUAAAGUUCAAUACCAGAACGUGCUACGAGCUGUGUUUUUAUUGAUACUUAAAUAAAUGAAAUAAAACAUACAAAUAAAUUAUAUAAA